AUUGUGACUCUUUAUGCUAUUGACCUGGCAACGUUAUUUGUUUUGUACAUUUUUGACACAUUUAAAUUUUAUUAAUAACAAAAGUAAUAUCCAAGAGCGAUGUCGCUAAAACGGAAAUAUAAUGAAAGAUGGAGCAAAGAGAUGGUGGAUGCAUUCAUUGCAGUGCGCAUACAGCUGGAUGAUAUGUUCACUCAGAAGCGAAUAAAGCCCCGAAAAUGCUGGGAGCUAGUUGGUGAGCAAUGCGGUGCAAAUGACCACUGGAGUGGACUCAAGCAGCGUUGGAAUAAUUUAAUAAAGAAAUAUAAACGUCUCAAAAAUUCACCGACGGAGAAUGGCAAUGAUGGCGCUGACAACCCAAUAAGUUGGCCAUUUUAUGAUCAACUUCAUGAAUAUUACAGUCAACGACAUAAUAUUAAUCCGCUGCUGAUAAUAAACAGCGAAGAGCGCAGUCCAGACCCAAUUGCCCCGGAUCUAGCAUCCACAUCAGGAAUCACAUGGCAAACACGUUCCAAGCAUUCAAGAACUUCAUCCAACCGGGGCACAAGUCAUCAGGCGUUCUUGGAUUCGGCAAUGCGAACGGAGAAGGAGCUGAGGAGGGCGGCACGAGCCCUUACUCUGUAUAUUUCACUUAAAAACACACAAAAAAAAGAGGCUUUAAAGCAUAAAUUCAAGUGCAAGGAAUGCAAUGCCAUGUAUGCGACAGAGGAAGAACUUAAAAAUCAUUUUGAUGUUGGUUUUCAUAUAGAUGAAUAUCCCAGCAGCAGCCUUAAAGAAGUAAUCACGGAGAAAAUAUUAUCAGAAAAUGAAGUGCCCAAUUCAAUAGAAAAUAAAAGUAUAAAGAUGGAACCGAAUGUAACAGAUGAUCAAACAUCAAUUGAAGAUGAAGUUGUUGUAGAACAAUGUAUAAAAAAUGAAAUACCUGAAAUAAGUACAGAGCAAUUGUUAUUAGAAAACGAAGUAUAUACUAUUACAAUGUUAGAAAAUGAGAGUAUAAGAAUGAGGCCUGACCACAUUCCGUUUAAAGAUGGCAUUACUACACAACAACUUAUAAAAGAAGAAACAAUUGAAACAAGUACAAACCAAUUAUGAUUAGAAAAUGAAGAGAACUCUAGACUUGAAAAAAUUAAUCUAAAAAUCGAACCAAAUUUUACUAUUCGUGAACCUCCACUUGAUGGUAUCACUGAUAACCAAUAAUUUAUAGAAACUGAAUUAUUUGAAACAAGCAUAGAGCAAUUGUUAUUUACUAAUUUCAUUACCGAAAAUGAAAGUGUUAAAAUAAAUGCGGAAGCAGCUAUUCAUUAAGUUUAUUUAAAAUCUGAAAUCUGAAACCGUAUUAUAUGUUAAAAUCCUUUACAGACUCUGUAACUGUAGCAACUGUGUCUACACAUCAAAUUUAUAUAGGUAAACUUAUGAGUAUUAAAAAUGUAGAACCUGUAGAUAGUAUAAAAUUAUGAAUGAGAUCCAAUUUUCAAAAAAAGGAAAGUUGAAAUAUUUGGAAAAUAUUUGAAUAACCAGAAGCAACUUAAUAUAUGUUAUCUACAUGUGCUGUCUUAUGUUUAAUAAUUUCUUGAUUUUUAACUUAUUGUGAUUUCUACUUCGGUUACUUUUUCUGUAAAGUAGAGAAUAAAUUAUUGCAAAUUUCAACUUGUAAACAAAUUGUUCUAUAACUUGUUCGAGAUGACUCGAACUAGUAAUGGGAAUUUCAUUUAUUUAUUGAUAUAGGAUAGAUAUGUUAAGAUAUA